AUGGAAACAAUCGACCCCGCAACCGGUCGACCCCUCCCCUCCGACGCCAUCCAACGCAUCCUCUUCAUCGCCCAAUCCGUCCACAUCUACAACAUUCCCCCUCUAACCAGCACAAAGGGCUACGUCGCCGCAACCUGGACAGCCGACAACAACAAGCGCCAAAUCUUCACCGCGCGCCUACGGGUCCUCGAGACCGCAAUCCCCACCUCCACCGGCGAGACCCUCAAAACAGAUAUCCUGCUAGAAGACCCCAAGAACGGCCAGCUGUUUGCAGCAGCUCCUUAUACGGCGCCGGUGAUUGUCGAGCAGGUUCUUGACUCGAGUCGGUUUUUUGCGGUGAGGGUUGAGGGGGAAGGGGGAAGGAAGGCGGUUCUGGGCAUGGGGUUCGAGGAGAGGAGUGAGGCGUUUGAUUUCAGUGUUGCGCUGCAGGAGGUUAGGAAGACGUUGGGCUUAGAGGAUAGUGCGAAGUAUGGGGGACGGAAACCGGUGAAGGAGGAGAAGCCGCAGGAGAAGAGGGAUUUCAGUCUGAAGGAGGGGGAGACGAUAACGGUGAGUAUUGGGGGGAGGGGAAUGGGCAGGAGGAAUAAUAAUAAGGAGGAAUCUAGUGCUGGGUUGGGAGGAUUCUCGUUACCUCCUCCGCCUGGAGGGUCGUUGGGAUCGUUGUUACCUCCUCCACCGAGUGCACAGGAACUUAAGGCGCAGAAGAGACUCAGUCAGAAUUACGAACCACCGAAAGCUGGAACGAUUGAGGAUCUGGGGUUUGAUGAUGGAGAGUUUGGAGAGUUCCAGUAG